AUGGAUAGUGAGGAAUAUCGAGAACUGGUGAAGAAAUAUCCGUUCUACUCAAUGUACAAUCCUUGUUGGGCUCCAACGAUUUUCUCUACUUGGAUAAAUUGCGAAAGUUUGAACUUGGGACAUAUGCUGAACGCCGCGAGUUUUCGCGCGAGCGCCAUGCAACGACAAAGUUAUUACACGAAUGACACUGCCGCGACUUUCGAGAAAGACGUGGAGAGAAUGACGCUCAACCAACUAACUCCUCUGGGAACGUAUUCAAGAAAAAUCUUCAUUGGUGGACUCCCGCGGAACGAAUCAAACUAUUGUAUUUCAGCAGCUAUGCUCACCGAAGCACUCAGCAAGUUUGGUCCAGUUGAGGUGGAUUGGCCAAAUCGGGAAGAAGAUAACUUUGCACCAAACAAUGGCUUUGCUUUUGCGAUCUUUGAAAAAGAAGAAAGCGUCCACGGACUGCUCUACAGCUGUCAACCUUCACCAAACGGAGAGAUGAUGCUUAUCAAGGCUGACUCAAUCGAAAAAAAGGUUCAAAUUCGCCCAUGGAUUUGCAAGAAAAAGUUUUGGAAAAAUAGAGCGAUUAGCAGCGAGAGUUUCACAAGCUUGGAACGCUUCACGACUUUUAUUGGUGGAGUGCCUCGGAUCGUAACUGCAGAACAAUUGGCUGGAACAUUGAUGGACAAAAUUGGAAAUGUCGCUAUUGUGGAAAUUGAAACCGAUCGGUUCACCAAUUAUCCUAAAGGUACCGCUCGAGUCGUUUUUGCGUCGCGUGAAGCUUACGUUAUUUCACUGGCUCGACGUCUGUUGACAAUCGAUGUGCCCGGCUCGAACAAGGAGAUUGAAAUUAAGCCAUACCUCUCGGACGAAUUCUACUGCGACAGAUGUAGAACAAAGUCCGGAAGCAAAUUCUGUGCUGAGCUUCCCUGUCUGAAAUACUUGUGCAAUGACUGUUGGGAUGAGUCUCAUAAAUUCAAGGACCAUCAGCCAAUGUUGUGCGGCAGCUUCUAUCGUGGACUGGAGAUGAUAAAAAUGGCAGAACAAAGUGUUGUCGUCGAUGAGCCUAUUCUCGACGAUGAUUUUGAAGGUGUUCUAGCAGAAAUCACGGAGAUGGAGCAAAACCACGAAAGGAACAAACUUAUUGGAAUGAGAGAAGUCUUCCCGCAACUUUCGGAGGCGACGAUUCGUGAACACUUGCAUUUGGAUGAAGAGCCACUUUUCCUUCGUUUAGACGAACUUGCUAAAUCGAUGACGCCAAAAGUCGAGCCAGCAAACGUCAAUAGCAAGGUCGCCCCAAAGCCAUCUUAUACAGCUUCUGAACAAGUCAUCAACCCAGAAGAGAUUCAAAGAGAGAUGCUAAAAGAAAAGCUAUUGUCAAAAUUGCGUGCUUUGGAGAAAAAAGAGAAGUCUGAAGAGGAAGUGCAACGUACGACAAUGGAAGAGACGAAAAUCAGCAUGUUCCUACGUGAUGCUUUUCCCACGAUCCGGCAAUGUGCAAUCAAUGAGGUAAUGCAGAAACGCGGUUUCUACCAAAGCAUCAUCAUUCUUCGACUCGUUGAAAUGGGGUACACAGAUGAUUUGCGAAAACAGAAAUUCAUUCCCAAUAAGCUUCAAAUGGAAUCCGAAUCUAAUGCGAUGCGAAUGAAAGAGGCAAAUGAAAAGCACAAUAUCCAGCUCCCACAGAUGGCAAAUGAGAAAUGGACCAAGUACGAAUCAAUGAUAAAUGCUGAUUUUUUAACCGCAGUUUUGGCUCUUACGCAGUUUGAAUGCCCGAUUUGCUGUGUUACAAACGUUGAUAAGGAUGGUGUUUUUUGCAGAAAUUUCGACUCGAAUGACAAAGAAUAUACUUCACAUCUUUUCUGCAAGGAUUGCGUGAAACAACAUGCGAUGACUUCGGUGAGCGAAAUGACAAUGGGCCCUGGUGGUUAUCAAAUUGAACCAUUGCUUAACGCGGACGAGAGAAAGCUCUUUGAUAAGCGAGCCACGGAAGCCGCGCUUGCUGCCGUAAAAAUCGAGAACAUGACACAUUGUAAACGCUGUCUAUUUGCCGCAAUCGUCGAAGAUCCAGAGAAACAGCCGCGAUUUUUCUGCCUCAACCCUGAAUGCAACUACAAAUAUUGCCGACUUUGUGGCAAGGACUACGAUGAGAAGCAUGAGGGUCGUGCGUGUGAGGAUGUGAUGACAGCUGUUGAUGAGGCUCGAAAGCGAAAGGAAGAAGAAUUGACCGCGAUUGUCAUUCGCAGAUGCAGUUGUGGAGUGGAAUUCACAAAAAACGGAGGUUGCCAUGUGAUGACUUGCGGCAGCUGCGGCCAGACUCAAUGCUAUGUUUGUCGCCAAAUUGGAAUCAAUCACGAUCAUUUGAGAUAUUGCGCACAGCUGAGUGACGCACAAAUCUUGGCACGCGAUGAACAGGAACGAAUCAACGCUAUUAAUACCGGAAAGGGAGAUGCUCUGAUUAAAGAUCAGGGCAAGGAUUACGAGUCGACGGUGGAAGUUGAAUUGCCCUUGAAGAUUGUCUUCCGUGGUGGCCGCAAAUUCCACGUGCUCAAGAAACGGAAAGUCGACGGGGAUUUGAAUCUAUGGCAUAUCGACAACGCUGAGCUUGGACCGUGGUGGGUUUUGUUG